AUGGGGGAGGGCAGACCGUGGCCGAGCUCGAGGACAGGGGAUGAGCUACCCGGUCGUCGCCGACGGCACCGUGGCCGCGCUCGAGGGACAGGGGCCGGCGACGCGUGGGGAUGGGAGCGUGGAAGCGCUGGGGAGGUGGCCAGCGGCGCGUGGGGGAGGUAUCCGGCCGGCGGCGCGGGGAGUUGGCCGGCGGCGCGGGGUGGAGAUGGCCAGCGGCGCAAGGUGGAGGUGGCCGCGGCGCUGGGUGGAGGUCUCCGGCGGCGCGCGGGGAAAGCCCGCGGCGCGCCCGGAGGUGGCCAGCAGCGUAGCGCGGCGGGGAGGUGGCCGGCGGCGCGCGGCGGGGAGGUGCCCGGCGGCGCGGGCGGGAUGUGGCCGGCGGCGCGGGGCGGGAUGUGGCCGGCGGCGCGGGUGGAUGUGCGCGGGUCGGGAAGAAGCUAA